AUGUUUUCCAACUUUGUUGUCAAAAGUUUGCUUUUCUUGACCUACGCCUCUGUAACCAAAUCCCAACUGGUCAGGAAAUGUAUGUGCUCUGAGGUCGAGCCUUGUCGUCAAGCCUACCUUGACAAUAUCGCACCGUGCGCUGAGAAGUGCAAGGUAAGUACUUUUUUAUUUUUAUCCAUUUUUUCAAUUUAAAAAGCUUUUUAAUAUGAAAAGCUUAACUUUUAAGUUUAAAAAGCCAGAAAAAAUUUAAAAAAGGGAUUUAUAAAUUUAAAAAAGUCUUGUCGUCAAUUUGUAUUGAUAUGAACAGUGAAAAACGACAAGACUUUUUUUUGGGUUUACUAUUAAUUUUUUUAUUUGGAAAAUUAAUUUUGCGACACGAAAAUGUCGUUUUUAUUGAUUUUCGACAAAAAAGUCUUGUCGUCAAUUUUUAUUGAUUUACAUCGACAAAAACGACAAGACUUUGUUUGAGUAUAAUAUUACUUUCUUAAUCAGAAAAGCUAAUUUUUAGCAGAUUCCAGGUCAUUUUUAUUGAUUUUUUAUUAAAAGUAACGUAAAAAAGUCUUGUCGUCAAUUUGUAUUGAUUCUCAUUGACAAAAACGACAAGACUUUUUUCGAGUUUAUACGACUUUCUUUAUUUAAAAAAGUAAUUUUGGAAUACAAAAAUGCCAUUUCUAUUUAUUUCUUAUAUAAAAAUGCUGAAAAAAGUCUUGUCGUCAAUUUUUAUUGAUUUACAUUGACAAAAACGACAAGACUUAUUGGGGUAUUAAAAUGGAUUUUUUUUUCAAAAUUAAGAAUUGGGUAAUUAAACGCCGUUUUUUAUUGUACCCUAUCUUAUCCUCCCUUAAUUUGUCCUACCUUAUCUUAACUUUGCUUACUGCAUCUUACUCUAUCUUACCUUUCCUCACCCUAUCUUAUUCUAAAUAUCUUGUCUUAUUCUGCUCUAGCUCCAAUUCUAUUUUGCUUUAUAUUACCUUAUCUUACCCUACCUAAUCCCAACCUUUAAUUUUUUUUCAAAAAUUAAAAUUUUUUCUUUUAAAUUUUACAAAAUAUUGAUUUUUUCAGCGCUUUGCCGUCAAAGCUGGCAUAAACGUGGACAAAAUCAAAGAAUGUGCCACAAGUUUUGGCUCUCAUGUCAACGAAACCUUUCAGUGCGUCGAAUCCACUUACAGUGACAGUUGCAGUAAAGAGGUAUCGACUAAAAAACUGCCAAAACGUCACACCGAACUGAUCAAAGCCAACUUUAUGAACGAAAUUUCAAAAGAUAUGGCAGCCAAAGGGGUUUUAAUUCAAUGGAAUCGCCUGAAUGCCAAGUUGACCAAGUAUCAGAACUGCAUCAAGCUGUGCUUGAAUAUGGCCACAUCCAACUGUGAUGCUAGACUGGACUGCACGCUAGAACUGCCUGACGAACGGACUUUGAUUGCUGAUACCAAGGCUUGUGUGAACAAGGUUAAUGUGCCGAAAAGGUGGUGUGAAUGUGCUGUUGAUGGUGGUUUGCAGGAUUUGAAGGACAUUUGCGACAAAUUUCAAUGA